AUGGCAUUCAUUAAUUAUAACGAGAAAGAAAUACCAUUGAAUAACAGAGAAGAAGAAGUAACAGACGACGAUGAAUGUGCUGCUUUUUACAAAUCCGUCAGAGAUGCUGAAUACAACAAACUUGUUGAUGCAUAUGCAAGAGAAAAGAUGAUUAAAGAAGAAAAGGAGGGAAAUAGGAUAGUAAGAGAACAAGAACAUAUUAUUUCAGCCAAAGAAUUAACAGACGCCGAUGAAUGUGCUGCUUUUUACAAAUCCGUCAGAGAUGCUGAAUACAAUAAACUUGUUGACGCAUAUGCAAGAGAAAAGAUGAUUAAGGAAGAAAAGGAGGGAAAUAUGAUAGUAAGAGAACAAGAACAUAUUAUUUCAGCCAAAGAAUUAACAGACACCGAUGAAUGUGCUGCUUUUUACAAAUCCGUCAGAGAUGCUGAAUAUAAUAGACUUGUUGACGCAUAUGCCAAAGAAAAGAUGAUUAAGGAAGAAAAGGAGAGAAAUAGGAUAGUAAGAGAACAAGAACAGAUUAUUUCAGCCAAAGAAUUAACAGACGACAAUGAACGAGCUGCUUUUUACCAAUCCGUCAGAGAUGCUGAAUAUAAUAGACUUGUUGACGCAUAUGCCAAAGAAAAGAUGAUUAAGGAAGAAAAGGAGAGAAAUAUGAUAGUAAGAGAACAAGAACAGAUUAUUUCAGCCAAAGAAUUAACAGACGACAAUGAACGAGCUGCUUUUUACAAAUCCGUCAGAGAUGCUGAAUAUAAUAGACUUGUUGACGCAUAUGCCAAAGAAAAGAUGAUUAAGGAAGAAAAGGAGAGAAAUAUGAUAGUAAGAGAACAAGAACAGAUUAUUUCAGCCAAAGAAUUAACAGACGACAAUGAACGAGCUGCCUUUUACAAAUCCGUCAGAGAUGCUGAAUACAAUAAACUUGUUGACGCAUAUACCAAAGAGAAAACUAUCAAAGAAGAAAAGGAGAGAAAAAGGAUAGUAAGAGAACAAGAACAGAUAAAGAAACAAUUUGAAGAAUUCUGGAAACCAGCCACCGACAUUGACUCACUGCGGCGUGAUUCCCAGGAGCCAAAAGACAAUAAAGAGAAGGCUUUAACUUCACAACAAGAACUGCAUCUUAAAGAGGAACCAGUUGAGAUAAGACAACCAGGACCCUUCCUUUCACCGGUGAAAGAAGGAAGAAUUAACUCGUUUGUGAGAGAACAGCUUUACAAUUAUCAAAGCUUCCAAACGACAGACACGUGGAAUGCAGAGAUCAACAAAGAACUAGACGGAUCUGUAAUAAGUGAAACUGUUCCUAAAACGAAGGGACCUCUUCAGUGGAUAGUCAACAAAGUAUUUAAGGUAAAUAGUAUUGAUAUUGCUAUUCAACUAUUUUUAAACUAA